CGAUAUCCCCCUAGUCGCGAAUGGCAUUUCUCUUCCACUCCUGACAUCACCAUUUUCAACCGGCGCAUGAGCGCUCUGGCGCAACUAUGGCAGGGAAUGGAGGCGACUACUACUUCGACCUGACCACCGACCCUAUAUUCGAAGACGCUGUAUACCGAGCAGAAGUUCUGGGCUUGCCAGACAACGAGGACGAGGAUGCACUCGACGAGCAGCUCGCCAUGUCCGCCAAAGAGUCCGGCAUUGCAGACCCGUAUCGCCUUCUCAACCCCGAAGCGCAGGACCUCUCGACCGCUAUAUCGACCCUAACAGCACUAAGCGAGCACCGAAGUUCCAUGUCAAUUCACUCCCGGGAAUCACAAUCAACUGCCAUGACCUCGCAUCCUUCGCGGACGUCCAAAGAGAAUCCCUCUCUGGAGCCUUCGCCCACGGUGCGCACUCCUCCACCAUUCACGCGGCCCUCACUGUCUUUGGAAUACUAUGAUGCUGUUAUGGAUCGCUUUCGGCCUAGCAUUGGCCACCGCCAUUCUUCUUCUAAUGCCUCUGGUGCAACCUCGGUGCUCUCGACAACUUCUAGUCUACCAGUGCUAUCCAAGCUCGCUACCGCCCGGAAGCCGAAGCGGACGUCUAGUCUGUUUUCCAUGUUCAGGAAAGACUCCAGCACUUGCCCUUCUCGGUCGCGCCAUGGCCACCACGUCAAACCACUCAGUCCCAAGCUAGACUGCGGCCACAGUCUCUCCAAAUACGCAAUUCGCGUGCACAUCCAAGAAGCUCUAGAUAGAAAGGAACAUAUGGCACCCAAUUGCUGCGGAAAAGCUUUGCCUCGGUCGAUUCUUGAAACAGUGCUGAGCAAAGAAGAGACGGACAUUGUGAUGGCGGAUGAUUUGCAAUCCCCAGUCGCAGUGUAUGAUUUACAGCAAGACUCUGGCUACAGCGAGGACGGCAUGUCAUCUAUUGAUCUCCCUCAUUCCCCGGGCACCCAAUCUCACCCUACAGGGUCUUUCGUUACUACCCCAGGUACACCCAACAGGGAGCUAACCCAGGAAGGCGAAGACUUCCUCACUUCAGUCCUCGCGGACGAGACGUUCAAAAGCCUGAGAGCCCAGCAAAAGGAACAGUUUCGGCGUGUUGCCGCGUUCGAGUCAACCCAACGAAAAGCAUUAUCAACAUACCACCAAUGGACACUAACGCGGCUUGCUUCCCAACUUGAGACGACCAAAUCGGAGAGGAUGAAACAGCAUGUGUUAGAUCUCGAACGUCUAGACGAGUUUCAAAUCGUUGCUGAACACGACCUCCGCAAAUCCCACGACCAAGAAACGCAAAAUGUUGCCACUGCCUUGAAAUAUAUGGAAGCUUAUUGCUCUGGUUCCAAUCCCACAAAUCCGGAUACAGCACAUAUUGUGACGGAAGAAGAUCGCAAGAAGCUAGCUCGUCAAUAUCUCAUUCAACAGAAGCUCCCCGGCAAACAUGAGAGUGCCAUUAAUGUACUACGGGCGAAACAAGAGAAGAACACAAAAUUGAAACUACAGAAGCAGCAAACAGAGCUUCAGCAGCUAGACGCAGAUCACGAGCGAGAAAAAGGUGCGGAAGAAUUGCAUCAUGUGAAAAACUUGACUCGUCUAGAAUCCCUCAUAGAGUCCCGAAGAAGAAAGAUUAUGAGUAGAUGGGACCUAAGAUUCGAGAUAUGGAGACGAGACUGGAACAGUCAGCAUGGAACGACGCUGAGCGGGAACCUGCCGCACGAAGAAUGGCCCAACCUAGCGGAUAUUGAAGAUCCGGUUGACGAGUCCAGUUCGUUGGCCCUUUAUCUUUUGGUCAUGCGUUGAAAGACUGCUUGCUUUGUCGCUUGC